UGGAGCUUCACGUGCAAAUACCGAGCGGAGAGCCAUAUGGAAGUGCGGUUUCCGCCGCGGCCGAUUGUGAAUUGCGCUCUCGGGGCUUUGAGGUGUUGCGCCAAUGUCAGCCCGCGAUGCUUUGUUGGCUGCAUGCACUACGGGAUCUUCCCAAGCUUGGACUGCCUGCAAGGAUGCCUGUCGCGGAAUCUGCUGCGGCAGCCAGCGAAGGGCACUCCUCCUGAGAUCAAGGCCGAGUGGCUCAUGCUGGACGAGCCACACUCAGACAGCAGUCGGGUGAUUCUGUACCUGCCAGGCGGGGGCUUUGUGGCGCGGGAUCACACCGCGUCCGUCUUCGCGGCCCGCGUCCUGGCGCGCCUGGCGGCCAAGCGACAAGCGCUGCCUGCCAUCUUGGUGCUGAACUAUCAGCUGCCUGCGCAUCCUGAGCACACCAAGCAGGAAAUCGAGGCAACAAUCCAAUGGCUGCGAGCUCAAGGCUUCACAGACGUGUUGGUAGCUGGAGAUUCUGCUGGCGGCUAUUUGGCGGUGCAGACUUUCCUGGAGCAGUCGCACCGGAUAUGCGGUGCAGUCGGGAUAUGCCCAGUGCUGGACUUCACCCUCUCCAACCAGUCGCAUACCAGGAACAGCCAGUCCUGCUUCCUGACCCGGCGAUUCACCCGCUACGCCCGGGAGCAGUUUCUGGGUGUAAGCUCCAGUGAUCCAACUGCAGAGGCCACGGCCAGGCAGCAUUCCCUCUGGAUAUCCAGCAUUCGGACGGAGACGGGCACUCCGGCGAGGCCUCUUUUUCUGGUGGCCUGUGAGCAGGAUCCUCUCGUCGAUGAUGUCCAGAAUUUUGCUGCCCGAGCGGCCACGGGCGCUGUUCAGGUGUGCAGCGUGCCGCUUGGCAGUGGGAAGAUCGAUGCUGGCAGUUGAAGGGAACACCAAAAUGCAAACCACCUUUUUUGUGAUCCUCCCAUUUGACACAUGCUACACAUGCUCAAAUGGGAGUGUGGCUUGGCGCGAAGGCAGGGCGAGGCGAGCUUUCACAUCUCCAUGCUUCUUCCUCUUUUGGCAAGCAAGUCGCACCGGAACGCUUUGGAUCAGAUGGCAGAGUAUAUCCACCAGAUGCUCUGAUUCGGAAUCUGAUCCCGCAAAUGUCUCGAGUCUGGAUAGAACAAGCGGCUGAGCUUGAUCAAAGACUAUCAAGACGCCGCGGAGCGGCAGAGGCCCCCCCAAUGGGAUGCUUUGCCGGUCCCGCUUGGCGCUUUUAAGGCUAAGCUCUCAAGGCCCCAGUACAACCUCGUGCCAGGGUCGAAGCAG